ACUGAAACAUUUAAGAUUGAUGAAAUAGAUGGUAAAAUAAAAGAAGAUUUUUUGUUUAGUUCAGUUUAUGAUCGGAAUAUAUUUUACUGAGUGAGCAUCAGAAGAUUUUGACUUGUUCUUGGAUUUUCCUGUCUUCUUCGACUUCAUUGGUUUAGCACUACAGAAUCAUAAGAUAUGCAGAAAAUUACAGGUUAUAUCGUGGUUAUAAUUCUGGUAGCUUUGUGCCAUACUGUGUUUUCUUCGCCACCAAAGUCUAGUAAAGCAAAAGCAAAUGUUGGUUCCAUAAAUUGCGAUUCAAAUGAUGAUUGUCCAGAAAAGUAUGCUUGUCUGUCAAAAUCGGCUGGAAAGGGGAAAGGGAAAGGCCGAAUGAAGUGUUACCAGUGUGAGUGUGCGUUACCAAGCCAAUGUUAUUUCAAUGGGAGCCGUGAAACAUCGUGUAACUGUACUGACAGUGGAUUUGAGGGAGAAUUCUGCAACAUAAGUAUUGUCUGUACAGAAAACACUUGUCAAAACGGCGGGACAUGCACCGUAACCGGGCCAACAACGUAUGACUGUGAGUGCGUUCCACCAUUUAGUGGCACUAACUGCGAGAUUGUUAUAGGGCCUAAUCCAUGCCUACCUAAUCCAUGUGAAAAUGGGGGAACGUGCUCCAGUACUAGUGGUCAAUUUACGUGCGGCUGCCCACCUGGUUAUACUGGAAACAGGUGUCAAACUCAAAUCUGAUGAACAAAUCACUUUGUCAAUUACCGCUGCCUUGACCGUACUUUAUCAUAUUAUUACUACGAUGUAAAAAAUAACAAUAAUUUAAUUAUUUCCAAGUUUUAUUGAUUUCAAAUAAUUUCAUAUCUAUAGCAAUUACGGCAAUAAAUUUCA